CCGCCGCCCGCUGCCCGCUCCGGCGCCUCUGCGGGGCAGCCGGCCACCCCCGCGCGCGCCUGGGGCCUCCCAUCAGGUCCCUUCCCCGACCCACUCCGGGUGCUGCGGGCUCAAACCGUCGGCUCCCGCCCCCAAGCUGAGCCCGCCUCCCAGCAGACAGCCCUCGGAUCGGCCCGGCCCGCGCAGGCCCCCACUUUCGCAGCACCAUGUUCCCCCGCCCGCUGACCCCGCUGGCGGCCCCAAAUGGCGCCGAGCCCCUGGGCCGGGCUCUGAGAAGGGCCCCACUGGGCAGGGCCCGGGCAGGGCAGGGGGGGCCGCCCCUGCUGCUGCCGUCCAUGCUGAUGUUCGCGGUAAUCGUGGCCUCCAGCGGGCUGCUGCUCAUGAUCGAGCGGGGAAUCCUGGCCGAGAUGAAGCCCCUUCCCCUGCACCCUCCAAACCGCGAGGGCUCGGCCAGGCGCGGGACGGUUCCCCGGCCUGGGGGGCUGUCCCUGGAUGCCGGGGACUCGGACUUGCAGGUGAGGCAAGACAUCCGGAACCGCACCUUGCGGGCAGUGUGCGGACAACCAGGCAUGCCCCGGGACCCCUGGGAUUUGCCGGUGGGGCAGCGGCGCACUCUGCUGCGCCACAUACUCGUUAGUGACCGCUACCGAUUCCUCUACUGCUACGUGCCCAAGGUGGCCUGCUCUAACUGGAAACGGGUCCUGAAGGUGCUGGCAGGCGUCCUGGACAGCGUGGACGUCCGCCUCAAGAUGGACCACCGUAAUGACCUGGUGUUCCUGGCAGACCUGCGGCCUGAAGAGAUUCGCUACCGCCUGCAGCACUAUUUCAAGUUCAUGUUUGUGCGGGACCCCUUGGAACGCCUUCUCUCGGCUUACCGCAACAAGUUUGGUGAGAUCCGAGAGUACCAGCAGCGCUAUGGGGCUGAGAUCGUGAGGCGGUACAGGGUGGGAGCAGGACCCAGCCCUGCAGGGGACGAUGUCACCUUCCCUGAGUUCCUGAGAUACCUAGUGGAUGAGGACCCUGAGCGCAUGAAUGAGCAUUGGAUGCCCGUGUACCACCUGUGCCAGCCUUGUGCCGUGCGCUAUGACUUUGUAGGCUCCUAUGAGAGGCUGGAGGCUGAUGCCAACCAGGUGCUGGAGUGGGUGCAGGCACCACCCCAUGUCCGAUUUCCAGCUCGCCAGGCCUGGUACCGGCCUGCCAGCCAAGAAAGCCUACACUACCACCUGUGCAGUGCCCCACGGGCCCUACUGCAGGACGUACUGCCUAAGUAUAUCCUGGACUUCUCCCUAUUUGCCUACCCACUGCCUAAUGUCACCAGGGAGGCCUGUCACCAGUGACCAUGACUAUGGGCCAGCAACAACUAGGGACUGAUUUUGACAAUGCCAGCUUCUUGUGCCUGCCAUUCAGAGACACCCUGGCUCUGAGGCCUGGAGCUUCUCCAGCUGUCUGGGUGGCAAGGACUGCCCUCAGGACUUCCUUGUCCAGGGUGGGUGCCCACAGUGGCUCAGAAGACAGGGUUGGACAGGAGGCCUGGUGCACUCCAUUGGGGUUUCUUGGGGGCCAGUGUGAUCUUUCUUGCCCCAGAAGAGCCAGACACCAGUUUGCCAGUGAAACGACACAUGUAUUCUACAGACUGGCUCCAGGCCCCUGGCUGCAGGGAUUAUGCAGUCCAUUUGGUCCACCUUAACUUAACCUGUGGCCAAACCCAGAGGUGGCGCCAAUCAGCACUGGAACCAGAGCCAGGGUCGUGUGGCUCUGCUCACCCAUUCAUCUGCUCCAUGGGCCGCAGGGUUGGAGUUAGCAGUCGUGCCUUACAAAUGACUUUUGUGCCUUUCUGCUUCAGACUCAGAAUUUCCUACACUUGCCAGGUUCUUUCCAUUUUUCCAAGGAAAGGAAAAGUGAGUCAGGGCCCUUGCCUGGUAGCUCUAGGACCCAGCCCUGCAGGUAUCCAAAGACCCCUGUAGGUAUCCAAAGACCCCUGUGCCCAGCCUCUUGGGGCUCGGGGCACUUCCUCCCUUUACCCGAGGUUGUGGCUGGUAUAUCUGACUGCCACUUUUCUGACACAUUUAUUUAAAAUUUGUACUUUUUGAUAGAACUCCUACGAAGGCUUUGUUUUCCUAAUAGCUGAAUUUUUAAUAAAGCUGUUUUGUAUACAAAGUUAGCAUUUCUGAUUCUCCCUCUGAGCUCCUGUGCAGCCAGCAAAUCUCCUAGAUGUCUGUCUCCAACUCAGGAGAGGGAGUUUGCAGGUAGAGAAAGGAAGACAAAGUUUAACUUGCUUGGGCCAGUCCAUGCCACACCAUGGAGAAUUUGGGGGCUCCUCAUAGGCCAUACUGGAUCACAGACUCAGCUUCCGGGAUGCCACCGAAAGGCAAGCCCCAUGAGGAAUGGCACACCCCCAUGGAUUAUUCCCUGAAGAAGGGGGUGGGUAUGAGACGCUGUCUCCUCCCUCCUCUUAGGAAUAGCUCUUGAUUGAGGAGGCCCCCAGAUGAAAAGAGAUUGUUGGGUGUGCAAGGGGAGGUGAUUCCUGGCCUUGAGAAUUAUAGGGAAGGCAAGGAGGUUGAGUGAGGGUCAGGCCCUUGAUGACUUAGUUCCAGAGGAAGUUAUGAGGGCCGUGGGAGGAUAUACCUAGCCUUGCUGUUGGCCUCACUUUGGAGGAGAAACUGUGGCUUCUCUGGGCACUGAUGGUUCUUUGCCAUGACUCGCAGAAGGCCUCACCUGCCUUACCUGAUCUCUUAUCUAGGUCAGAUGCCCCUCUUCAGGGUCCCCUUGGCUCUGGAGACUUCACCUCAGGUAGCAUUUACCAUGCUUUGUUGUAAACAGCCCAGUUACUUGUCAGUCUCCCCCACGGAGGCUGAUUUGUGUGAAGUGGAGACCAUGUCUGUCUUGUUCACUUGGCAUUCCCAGAACCUAGUCCAAGGGGCUGGCAUACAAGAGGCAUGUGUAUGGCUCAGCAGAACCAAGGUGUACAUCUCACUGCAGGACAGAAAACACUGCACUUGGAGUCACCCAGACCGAUCCAGUGCCAGUUCUGUUCACCAGCUGGCUGACCAUCUCUGAACUUCCACAUGCCCCACUGUCU